UUAUGGACUAGUUGACUGUGAGAAGCGUAUAACCAAAGAUAUAUUGAUUUGUAUUUCUGAUACAAAUAAGGAUUAUCACGACCUAAUUAUGCUAUGGAUUUCUGUGUGAUUAUCUUCCUCAUUUCUACAAUUGGGAUUACAUCCAACCAAGUUGCGGCAAAGUCAGAGGACUUAUCAAAUACAAGAAACGAAACAACGGAUUUGAAAUGGACUGCGUCACCAGCACGUAAUGGGUGGGAAGAACUAAGUGGUUUAGAUGAAAACCUCCGACCCAUUCGAUUUUAUCAAGUCUGCAACAGAAACGAUCCGGAUGUUGAUAACUGGGUUCGAACCCGUUUCAUUCCAUCACAGGGAGCCAAGAGAGCGUAUAUCGACGUCGAAUUCUCAAUGAUGAAAUGCGACAGUGCGAAAACGAAAAAUUGCCGUGAGACUUUCAAUUUGUAUUAUUACGAAAAUGACAAAGACGUCGCUUCAAGUACAUUUCCACCAUGGCGAGAACGACCUUAUAUCAAAAUAGACACAAUUGCUGCUGGGAAAAGAUUUAUAAAUGGAGAUUCGAAUGAGAAAGGCAUCAACAGAAAAACAUGGACUUUGGGACCACUUAAAAAAAAAGGGUUCUAUAUUGCCGCUCAUGAUAAAGGAGCAUGCAUGUCGCUAUUGAGUCUGCGAGUUUACUACUACUACUGUCCCGAGACUACAAUCUCCUUGGCAACGUUUCCGAAAACAGUGGCUGGGAAGAAUGUCGCCUCAUUGGUCACCAUACAAGGAGAGUGUGUGAACAAUUCAAAAAGAGCAUCUGCCGAAGGGCCACGUUAUCAUUGCAACAGUAAUGGUGAAUGGAGAGUACGAACUGGAACUUGUCAAUGUUUACCUGGAUUUCAAGCAAGCGAGAAUAUGAAAACAUGUCAACCUUGUAGUGACGGAAAAUACAAGAUAGGACAUGGGAAUCAUGCUUGUUCAACUUGCCCUCGGAAUAGCAUAAGCAGCAAUACAGAAUCGGCUUCAUUGAGAAGCGUUAGUUCUACCAUCGAUCGGAUAGAAACACCAACUUAUGCUCCGGAUUUCUGUAAAUGUCUACCCGGAUAUUUUCGCACUGAAAGUGAAGACGUUCGCCAACCAUGCACAAUGCCUCCUUCUCCACCAACAAAUGUAAAAUAUAUUGUGAACGAAACUUCGGCUUCUAUCAAAUGGGACGAACCGUCUGAGCUUGGUGACAGAGUGGACGUUUAUUAUAACAUAUCUUGUGAAAAAUGUUCGACAGACUCUUACACCAAGUGCACAGAGUGCGGAAGUCGAGUGAUCUUUGAACCCGGAAAUAGACGACAUAUUACAACCAAUCACAUUCGAGUUCAUAAUUUGGAAGCAUACACUCAUUACCAAUUCAAGAUAUCCUCAAUAAACGGAGUAACUGCAGCGUCCCAUGCUCCAGCCCGGUAUGCUCUCAUACAAGUAAUGACAAAUCAAGCAGCACCUUCUGAAGUUCUCAACGUACGAACGGUGGAGACAUCUUCCUCUGGUUUUACUGUCGCCUGGUCCUUGCCGAAACAUCCGAACGGUAAAGUCCUGGGAUAUGAAAUUUUAAUCCGUGAAAAAAAUUCAGACGAUGAAGAUAAAGGAGAUUUGAGUGCAUUUCUAUUGGAGCCAAACAAUCCUGUCUUGUACGAAACACAAAAUCGUUCCAUUGCAAUAUCGGACUUGAAGCCAGGAAAAAAUUACGAAGUUCAAGUUCGCGCUGAAACGGCGGCUGGAUUCGGUGGAUAUAGUCACAUGAUGAUUACUCAAACAAAUGAAGACACGGGCCCGGUCACUUCCAAUUCACCAAAUUCAAGUCGACUUGCGGUAUUGAUCGGCAUCGGAGCAAGUGCAGGAUUGUUGUUGGCAGUCAUUAUCACCGUUUAUUUGUUAUAUAACAGACGUAGGAAAGCACAUGCAUCUGAAAGAUUCGAAGAUGGUUCAUCUGAAAACAAAGAAGAUUCAUUCGAGGAUGCCAGACAUUUGAUAGUUCAACUUCCAUCUUACUCGUCUACACAACGUCUAUACGUUGAUUAUCCAGACCCACAAAAGGGUGUUCGGGAAUAUGCAUGCGAAAUCGAUCAAGCUUUUGUCGAAAUAGAAGAUACAAUAGGACAAGGGGAAUUUGGUGAAGUAUACCGAGGAAAACUAGGAUCGCCCUCAUCUGGCAAUACGGAACAAGUUGCCAUCAAACGAUUAAAACAGGGAGCUAGCGUUAAGGAUCAACUCAACUUUUUACGGGAGGCAUGUACAAUGGCACAGUUUGACCACCCAAAUGUACUAGUAUUGAAAGGAGUCGUUACAAAAACUCGACCACUUAUGAUAUUAUCAGAAUAUAUGGAAAACGGCGCACUCAACAAUUUUCUAAAGAGACACCAAGGCGAAUUGAGCAUUCUUCAACUGACUAAUAUUAUGCAUGGAAUAGCUCAUGGAAUGAAAUAUCUUUCUCAAAUGCAAUACGUUCAUCGUGAUUUAGCUGCAAGAAACAUCCUUGUCAAUUCCGAUCUCAUUUGUAAAGUUUCUGACUUCGGUCUCUCAAGAACUCUUGAAAAUGAUCCGCAUGCUACUUACACUACACAGGGUGGUAAAAUCGCUCUCCGCUGGACGGCUCCAGAGUGCAUCCGCUUCAGAGAAUUCACUUCUUCAAGUGACGUUUGGAGUUAUGGAAUUGUGAUGUGGGAAGUUAUGUCUUACGGAGAAAAACCUUACUGGAAUAUGCCUAAUCCAGAUGUACUCAAUUCCAUUGACGAAGGAUAUAGAUUACCUGCUCCAUAUGAAUGUCCAUCAGUUUUGCACAAAAUAAUGAUAGAAUGUUGGGCAAUGGAACCCAAGCAACGUCCAACUUUUGAACAACUUGUGCAACGGUUAGAUGAAAUUAUGUCAUCACCACAAUUGUUUAAAGACGACUCACCAACUUCGGAAAGCGUGGAUGCAAGCUCGAACCAAAGCAAUAAGUCUGUUGAAGAUUGAUUUUAUGUUGGAUCAAAACAUUCCACGCGGAAAAUAUGGAAAUUUUAUUAUGAACCGUACACACUUCCCACGCAGAAAAUGGUUCGAUGGAAAGAAAACCUGGAUGGAAAUGAUACUUAUCAAAAUAUACUAUCGCGUGGUAUUGUCCAUAAUUCUGUGUUUGAUAAAAGACUGCAGUAAUACAGUUUGAUUAUCAAAUGAUAUAUAUUACCUCGUGCAUAAAGGAAUGUCAGUACAUAUACCAAAGGUAAUCUGAAUUAUAUUCAACUUUUAAGAAUAGCCCUCGAAUAAAAUGUUAACAUUCGACACAAUAUAAAACCAAACAAUUUUUUGGAAUACUUAUACUCCAAAACUAUUACGAAUAACCAAAAUCUGUUGUCUUCCAAAAAAUCAUUUUUUCUUGAGCCAGGCGGUCCUUGCACGUUUUAUUGCACAAUACUCGCCUGUCAUUCAUUUCAGUAUAGUACUAUAGUAUAUACAUUUGUCCAUUUUAUUGUAUUUUAUUACACAAUGUUCCCCUUGUUAUUAUUUUGCGACUUUUUGGUGCUGACAUUAUUUGCAUUUUGUGUAAGCAGAGUAUUCCUAAAAAUGCUAAGCUAUGAUCAAAUCAAACGAAAUUAUUUAGAAUUUUAUAGUUAUUGGCGAUAGAAUUGAGCGCUCGUGAUUAUUCAUUUUGAAUAUCGUUAUAGCGAAAAUUACGAUUUUUCAGUAGCAUAUCUUCGGAUUAUGCACUGCAUAAAAUUUUGAGGAUUUGGUCAUUUUUACUGCUCAAUUUUUCAACUCAGUCGGUUUUGUCACGCUUUUCUACAUUGAGUUAUGAUUGCUUUUUACUUCUUUUGUGCUAGGUAUCACAGUUGUAAUUUUGCAUCGAGUUUUCUUGCACUGAACUGACCCUCUUAGCAACAAUCAUGAUUUUCUUUGAAAAAUAACAUCCAUUUUUAUUUUAUUUAUAAUUUUGCCCUCUUAAAUAUUUGUAUUCAUUCCAUCUUACUCAAAAUGGGAUUUCCCUUGUAUGUACACAAAAUCGUAAUGUAACUCUGUAAGGAAAAUCACACAUGCGAAUUUUCUCUCCUCAAAAUUUAUGAUCAAUAAUACAAGUGACAAAUUCUAACUUCUCUACAAAAAUGGCAGAAUUUCCAAAACAUAAUAUUAAUUUUUAUUAUUUAGAGUUUCGACGAUCUUUAUACAUGUUGGCCCCACAACACUACAUAAUAUUGUUUGAAUUGUAGCGUGCUUUGUUGCACAAAGAAAUGUUAGUAUGCCUUCGCUGUAUUGCCUAGCGCUAAGUACUUAUCUGUUCGAAAUUUGGUUGCUGAAAUUCCAUCAAGUUUUACAAAGCCUUCACGGUUUUAAUACUUCCUAUAAUUUUUUUUAUUCGAGGAUAUUUUUUUUAUAAAUAAUAUCCACUAUUUAUGAAAUAAUAAAAUUAUUACCCAAAGCACAUUUUACAAAGAUAUUUUUCAAAUAUUUUAUUUAUGCUUUUAUUUUAUUAACAUCACAAAAAAUAUCCAUUCGAAGGAUAAUAAAUUUGAUAAUUAAUUCAAAACAACACGUACCAAUGCGUUUAUCUCACGCACUGACUCUCUUUCGCCAUUUUGUAUGUAAGCUGUGCAGUACUUUGUGUACUUUUUGUACUUUGUGAAAGUUUCUUUGUCGAUUUUCGUACUAUCAUAUUAUUAUUCCUAUUAUUGUACAUACACUUUCUUUAUAUUUCUUUUAAAUAAAGCAUUGCUUGCCAUUAAAA